UGUGACAGCCCUGGCUAUUCCGCACGAUUCGGGACAUACACUUUCAUGGAUGUUGCAUCCGACCUAAUUGUUGAUUACCAUCUGGCGAUGUCCACGGACACAACCAGCUCAGUGGCAAUGGAGAAGAUGGGAUUCGUUGUCACACUUGACCGUUGUUUGGAGCAAGGGUUGAAGAUUGCCACUGUUGUCACUGACCGGAGCCCCAGCAUAAAGAAGGAGAUGCGAGGACGCCACUCCAUCAAGCAUCAGUUUGAUGUAUGGCACUAUGCCAAGAGUGUCGCCUCCAAGAUCAGGGCAGGAUGCAGGAGGAAAGACCAGCAGGCCUUGCUCGAGUGGUUACCGGCCAUCAAUAACCACUUGUGGUACUGCGCCCGGUCGUGCGGAGGCAAUGCUGUGCUGCUGCGUGAAAAGUGGAACUCAGUCCUCUACCACAUCGUCAACCGACAUAGCUGGACUGAGGGUACACUCUUCACGCAGUGUGCACAUCCUCCGCUUUCCACUGAUGAGCAGCGACAGAAAAAGUGGCUGACACCCGGGUCUCCAGCCUACAAGGUUCUGGAAUCAGUUGUUCAAGACAAGAGACUGCUGGCAGAUUUGAUGCAUUUGUCAGAUUUCCAGCACACUGGAAACUUAGAGGUGUACCAUAGCAUGAUGACGAAGUACAUGCCGAAGCGAAUUCAAUUCAGUAGAGAGGGAAUGGAGGCCCGCACCCAGCUUGCUGCUCUUGACCAUAACUUCAAUGCUGGCAGAGAACAGGCAACAUCAAAAGGUCAGCCACAGUACAAGGUCCAGUUUUCUCGAGUGAAGGGUGAUUUCGUGGCCAAAAAAAUCUACAGUGAAAAGAAAUACGGAUGCAUGCACAGCAUGAUGCAGCAGGUCAGUGAUGUGGCCACGAAGAGGCUGACAGUGCCACCCAUCCAGAAGUGUAAGCCUGUCAACGUGUCGCGACGCGGGGCUCCAGUCAAGGCAGCAGUUGUCGCCAAUCUGCAAACGAGAUUGGCAAUGGCAGCAACAGCAGAAGCAUCACCAUCAGUUGCACCAGAGGAGGAAGAGGAACAAGAGUAUGAAGUAACGUUAGAGGAUGAUGCAGGGUAUGUGCAGGAGGAAGACCAGGACAGCGAAGAUGAAGGACAACAGCAGUGCGUUGUUCAAUGCGAUGUUCCCACCCAAAUAUGAACACACGGCAACACAGCUCUAUUUUUAUUUCCGCUUCAAACCUGUAGUUGUUUGAGCUGCUCUCAUGAUAAAUUAUUUGUUUUUUAAAGCCGUUUGUGCCCGCGAUCAUUCGCUUGUACAACUGCGCCGGGCUGUAUGUGCUGUGACUAUGAGUAUGAGUCAUGCUCGCACUAUGAUACCUUUUGUGUCACGUGUACGUAUAUGUGAUGGUGCGAGCAUGCUGUGCCUUUGCUGGCCUUUUUCCCUUCUUUUCGUUUUAGUUGUGGUGGAAGUGUUUUGCAAGGAGUAAUGACCAACAAGAACAAAUGGUGUGUUGUCCAAUUUGCAUGUUCGGAGAUUAUGCCUGUGCACAUGUAUCUGAUUUUGUUGCCAGUCCUCAAUGCCUAUCGUUCAGGAAUCCUAAAUAGCUUAUUCUUUACAUUGAAGUAUUAGAGAAGGCAAGUCAUUGCUUACCUCUAAAAGUUAUGAUGUCAAUCUUCGGGCCACUGAGUAUCCGCCUCAUCCCUGGCUUCUUCAAACCCAUGGUACGGUACACCUUC